AUGCCGAAACGAGGAAAAACAUUGAAUAGUCAAUGUCGUGAGCUUGUACUAAAGCUACAGGAUUACUUUGAGCGUGAGUCACAAAAUGGCGGCCCUUUCAUUCCUGUCACUCAAGUGAAAUAUCGGGUUUCACAAGCUCUUGGAAUUGGUGCAAAAACACUAUAUAAUAUAAAUAAAGAAAAAUUUGGUGCUUCUGGAAGUGAAGAUAAUGUUUUACGCACUCCUAAGAAAAAACGAAGACAAAAGCCCGUGACAGGUGUUGAUGUUUUUGAUGCAGAUGCAAUAAGAAAGCACAUAUAUGGUUAUUAUACUAGGAACGAGUUUCCAACUAGACGUUUGCUUUUGGUCUCUUUAAAAGAAGCUGGCUUGUUUAAAGGCGGUUACGCAGCUCGUAAUAAUACGACUCCGCCAUUCUGUACUAAUAAAAUGAUGGGUCUAUUAAAAGAUGCUUGCAGCAAAAUAACGAAAGAAGAUUGGGUCGAGGUCGUCGAAAAGACUCGAAAACUAAUAACAGAAGAUUAUGAAUGCGAUAUAAGAGUGGACACCAUUAUAGAGAAUGAAAUUGUCAUACAAGUGACUGAUAGCGAUGACAGCUCUGGCGAAUCUGGUUCAGAGUCUGAAUAA